AUGGAGGAUCCCCCAGCAUACCGUUUGAAAACAUUGAUUUUGACACCUGGAGAUUUGUUAAAAGAUGGAAGAUAUCCAAUUCAUUCUGUUUUACCUGGGUGUCCAGAAGGUCAAAACAAACACUACGUUUUAAGUCAGUUUCCUUACACAGAUGGACCUACAAAACUCUCAAUAUAUGCUUUAGACUGUGAGUUUGUUUUAAUGGAUGAUGAUACUAAACAGGUUGGUCAUGUUUCAUUGGUUGAUUUCUAUGGUGAUGUGGUGUUGGAUGAACUUGUUAGACCUAGAGGUCAAAUCAAAAAAUUAUUAUUUGCAAAAAGAAAUGAUCAAGUUACAUAUUCAGAUAUGGAAGAUACAAUAAAUAGAUUGAAAGAAAUACAUAAAGGUCAAACUGUUGUAUUACCUCCAAACAAUGGUAAAAUUACAAUAUCAGAUAUUGAAAAUGCAAAAUAUAGUUUUAAAGAAAUACAAGACAAGUUAUUGAAGAUUGUUACCGCUGAAGAUGUUAUAAUUGGUCAUGGUGUUUAUGAAGACUUUAAAGCUCUUGAAUGGAAACAUACACAGAUACUUGACACAAUUAAAAUUUUUGAUAACGUUGUUCCAGACGGGUCUCCAUCUUUAAAGCUUUUAAUUGGGCAUUUUUUUGGUCCUGAAUAUAUCCAGGAGGAGCUAAGUCCUUAUUCUGGAUCAGUGGCAGAUGCAAAAGCUGCUUUAGAUUUAGCUAAAAUUGAGCUUUAUAACAGUUGGGCAUGA